GAUCAAGCGAUUGACGAUAUUUUGAUUUGUGGUAGCUAGAGUUCAGUAAUGUUUCUAAAUUUAACCGGUAUAUAAAGCGCUGCCUUCUGCUUUUUCUUGCACAAGACGGGCUUGCAUGUUUUAGCGAUAAUAACAACCAGGGUGUGACCGUUAUCUCUUAUCAUCUGUCUUGUGUUCCAGCAAGUAGGCUAGCUACUGUGGCUAAUUCAGGCAACCUCCAUAGAUUUAUCCAGGAAUUGUAGCUAUUGAAUACUGAUUUAUCGGUUUGUCUUUGUUGCAAGAAGUACCAAAACUUCUUCGUGACUGCUUUCCAACAUAGAUAGAGUGAAGUCAUGAGUGCAGUAGACCCAAAUCCAGCCGCCACACCCACUCCCUGUGAGGACAUCCAUGGAGAUGGACGAUGGAUGUCUCUGCACAACCGCUUUGUGUCUGACAGCAAAGACAAAGAACCUGAUGUCCUGUUUGUUGGAGACUCUCUUAUUCAGCUCAUGCACCAGUUUGGGAUAUGGAGGCAGCUGUUCUCUCCUCUCCAUGCCCUCAACUUUGGGGUGGGUGGUGAUGCAACACAGCAUGUGCUUUGGAGACUGAGCAACGGUGAAUUGGAUAACAUCAGCCCAAAGGUCGUAGUGCUGUGGGUAGGCACCAAUAACCACGGUCACACUGCUGAACAGAUCUGUGGGGGCAUCAUGGCUAUCGUCCAAGUCAUCAAGAACAAGCUCCCCCAUGCCCAAACACUUGUACUCGGAAUACUGCCCAGAGGUAAAUUGCCAAACCCUCUGCGGGAGCGAAAUGCCAAAGUGAACAAGCUGGUCCAGGAGGCCGUAUCGUUGCUCCCACACGCCUCUUUCCUCAAUGUGGACCCUGGCUUUGUCCACUCCAAUGGAAGCAUCUCCCACCAGGACAUGUAUGACUACCUUCAUCUGACUCCCCAGGGCUACCAGGCUGUGUGUGAGCCCCUGCACGCUCAUCUCAAGUCCAUGCUAGAUAAACCUGCUGAGAACUAAGCAAUCAGGGCACAAACUUACACUACCGCAGUGGUCCUCGUCCCUGUUUCCUGAGAGCAUCACACUCAUCUUUUUCAGACCUUGAAUGACGGAUAGAGUCAAUUAUUAAGGCCUAAGAGCUGCACUAUUUGUGCAUGUCCUCUCCAUGGCCAGGGUUGGUGACCACUGUUACAAGUAAUGGGACCAUAACUUUUUUGGUGUUUUAUGAUACAGUCAGAAAUUAAAUGUGCUGUGCUAUAGUGAGACAGUGUCCUGCCUCAAUUCCCGGUAAGCAUCUGUUCCACUAGCUUUUGAUUCCAAAAGUGUUUUUCCACCAAAGGACUGUUUUACUUCUAUGCCACAUGAUAUGAGGGUUGAAUAUGAUAAGGGGAACUCAGAGCCAGUGACUCAACAUUCAGAACAAUGAAAUUAUCUGAAGGGACAAUAUCUGUAAUGCGUAAAUAAAUCCAGAUGUCCAAGGGUUAUGUGUAAAGCUUUCAAAAAGGUACAGCAACUGUUUGCUGUAAUAAAGAUAUGCUGUAGGUCAAAACAUUAGUUGCUGCACCUUAUUUGAAGCUGUAUUUCUAACCAUGUGCUCCAGAUCCCAUCCCUUCAGCUACAUGUCUUGUGAGUCAGAAUAUGGACAGAUGCCUUUUUUUUUUUUUUUUUUUUUUUUAGAAAAAACAUUCUAUGGCGAAACAUACUGCCCUAUCGAGGCUACUGGAACAGGACCUAUUUGGAAAAGUGUGUGAGACUGUGGCUCUUCAGGUGCUAGGAUAUUUCUGGUUUAAAAAAUAAUAAUAAUACAAGAUUCAAGAAAUGCCCUGACUAAGAAAUUCCCCUGUCAUCCUUUGUCAUUUUUGGUUUCUCAGUUUCACUAAGUUUCUUGAGUUCAGUUUACUUGUCAAUAGCUUUAUUUACUCUUGUGAUUUCUUAUGUCUUUUGUACGUGUUAAUUUGAAUGACCAAAUGUUUGACCAUUACUGUUUACUUGCUUAUCAUGUCACAAGUUAUUUCAUUAUUGUCCAUGUACCUUUUUGCUUCACCAAUUGUUGCAACAACAGAUUUUGAUGUGAAAGGCUGUGUUUAGGUAAACAUGGAUGUAUUUGAGUGGGCUGUGAAGCCGUAUCGAUACAUCUACAAUUGCUUGUGCUUCAGAUUGAGUCUUGUCUGCAACAUAAUGGCCCAUUAGAUGACCAAAAAGGAUUUGCUUCACACUAAAAGGCUUCUGCGUUAUGCUUCAGUGUGGCUGAUUGUGUAAGUGAGGAAAGAAUUCAUUAAACAUGAAGACAAAAUGG